AUGAUUGCUCCAAUAGUGGGAUAUCAUCCAAGAAGGUGAAAUCUAAAGGUUGCCAUAGGAACAAGAAAUAAGAGGAUAAAUUUGAUAGAAGCAGAGCUAUAAGUAUGUAGAGAAAAAGGCCUUUAUUUUCACUAUAGUAGCUAGUGUGGUCUAAGAAAUAGGUGUAAAUGCCUUUUCCAAAUUCUCCUGGUUAAUGAAGAAGAGAAAAAUGAUAGAGAUGUUGCUAAGAACCAAUGGUGGGAUAUAAAGGACAAGGAGACAGAGGACCAGAAAGAGGAAACCCUCCAAAAUCUAUAGAGAUAUCAUUAAAUCUGGUGAUAGGCUUAAUGGAAGAUAUGAUACUUAAUGACUAUGGGGUGAUGCGUAAUUUCAUAUGCAAUGAAUUAGUCACAAAAUUCAAUUAACCCUUUCAUACAUGACAAGCUAUGGAAUAUUCUUGAAGAAUGGAUCUUGACUUUGUGGUAGAGGCAUUUGCAAUGGAACAAUGAUAGAGAUGUAAGGACAGAGGGUGGCACAAGAUUUUCUACCUCUUGGUUUGGGUAGUAAAAUGUACAAUAAGGAUGCAGCAGCUAAGGUCCCUAGGCCCCAUGGACUAUGAUCGAGCCACUUAUCUAUGAAGUUUCUAUAUGAGAACAAGUAGAUGACUCUUUUAAGGUGACCCAAGUUUAAGUAAAUUGAGAAUCUCAUUGAAUGUACUAGUUCAUGACAUCACUAAAGGUCACUCAUGGAUGAUAUAACUUCAUCAACUACAUAUAACUAAUAAUUCUAAAUUAGUAGUUGCAUCUAUGUAUUAAUAUUUUAUAUAUAGAUGCUAAUUAGUGGGUAGAGAAUAUAAUUAUAUAUGUGUUACCGACUCAUUAAAACAUUCAUAAUAUUUCAUCAUUUAAGUUUAAAUACAUAUUAUUUUACUUAUUUUAUUAAUAUUAUGAGACUAACCCCACUUGACGUUUAUAAAGUCAAGUGGUGAUUCUCUUAUAUUUUCUUGAUCAUUAUUUGAUACAAGAACUAAGUGACCUCUUAUUAUGAGUUAGAAGAAAUGGAAAAAGCCCAAGUCUUCAGCCCAAGUCUUAUGGAGAGGGCUGGCCUAAUAUAUUUAUGGGCUUAAGAGAGGGCAUCACUUUGGCCUAACUCAUUUAGACUUAAAAGGGUUAUCAAGAGAUGAAAUCUAGGCCACUCAUCUUAGGGCACCUUAAGAUAAGAUGAAGAGGGGGAUUAGAGCGCCAUCUUCAUGAAAAAAUCUGGGCCGUCCACCAAGAGAGUUGAUUAUUAAUCAUAACCAUUUAUUAGGGGUGCCUAAGUAUCUAGAAGUAUAAGGCCUCUCGCCCCUUUCUUGGAGGGUGUUUUUUAGCUCUCUCUCUAGUAGUAGUUAGUCGAAGGAAAUAAGAGGAAAAUCAAGACUUGGUCAAUGACAUUCUCGUGCCUAAGAUCAUCAUGGAGAAGAGAUUACCUGGAGCAUAUCAAGAUCAUUAUGGGUCAAGCAUCACACAGCCUAAGACUCGUGCACAACAAAGUUUGUGCAAGAUCUAGAUUUGGGGCACCCUUGUAAUCCCCUCUAUGGAUAGAUCAACUGUUAGUUUGAACUAGUUUUACUAUUUAUUUUAUCAUUUCAUUACGUUAGAUCUAUUCUCUCCCCUUUGUCAUGUUUUUUGUUUUCUUUGUCUCCACCCUUGUUAGAUUAAUUUCGACUUUCACAAUCUCAAGUAUAUCUAUAUAUAUGUAUAUAAGAAAUAAAAUUAACUAAAAUUUGUACUCUCAUUACCCACGCUCCUUGAGGAUCGACCCUUACUUACCCUAAAUAGAAGAGUGAGGUUUUAUAAAUAUUAUUUACAUAAACUUGAUUACAUCACGAUGACAUAUUUAACCUCUAAUUCGAGUUCAUCAAUAACAUCGGCUGAUAGGGAGACAAUAAAAUUUCUAACACCAUUGGUUCAAGGUAGAAAAUCAACAUUAUAGAAAAGUAGAAGAAUUACCACCUAAUAGACAAGUGGAUCACACAAUCAACCUUACAUUAGGUACCCAAUUGAUUAAUUUUCAACCUUAUUGCUACUCACACUUCCAAAAGAAAGAGAUUGAAAGGUUAGUGUAA